AUGUGGGGCAAGCUCCUAAAUGUAAUACUGGAUGGAAUAUUGGAGCGUGUGAGGGAUGGGAGGAUUGGUGAAAACGAUUUGGUUAUACUGCAAUCAGUUUUCUUGAAAAUUCUUACUCAUUUUGGUGACAUAGAGAAAAUAUUGGCAUUGAACCAUUUUAUUGACAUCUUAGAUAUGAUGCAUGGGAGCGUGAGAAACUCUAUCAAUAUGCACAUUCUUAAUAUGGCAACUAGGAAUGGUCAAAUUCAAGACCCGAUCAUCAUUGAGGUGCUACUUGAAGUUGCUCAGGCAUUAUACAAUGGCUUAGACUUCUCAAAUAUGAGAAAGGAUGAGUAUCAACAUCCAUCUCGUCUGAUUUCCCGUUUUGUUUAUAUGGUUGACCAUGGGAUAGAAGUGGAGAGCCAUUUGAGGUUUCUUGCCCAAUGUCGUGGAGCAUUUUCUAGCAUUAAUGAACUCCAGGAGAAUCUUGUUCAUUCCUGCAACAACUUAGCCAUUAGAGCAAUGAGAAAUGGAAACAGUAGCAUAAGUUUUGUCAAAUCAUGCCUGGCAUUCAAUGAAGUAACAAUACCUGCUAUUCCAGCUAACUUAAGGCAGUUGAACUUAUGUAUUGAAACAGCAGAGGUAGCGUUGCUGGGUGGAUUUGUUUCUCAUCUGGAUGGGCUUCUAAAUGCAGCAGUCAAUUGCUUGGAAAUGAUUGAUCCAGUCAAUGUUAUGCAGAUGGCAGAAGAUGGCGAUGAAGCCAUUUCAUUAAUAUGUAAGUUAUGCGGCAUGUUGGUGAUGGUCCCAGGUGGUGUAGAACCAGAAGUAGCCUACAUUCCCAAGCGUUUUCUGUCUUUCCUUAACUCCCAAGCAUGGAUAUUGCCGAGAAUGAAGGCCAAGAUAUUCUCUGCAAUUGUUUUCUUGUCUGCAGCACAAUCCCAGAAUCAACUGCCGUACCAUGCUGUGAGUGGAAAGGUUGUUUGUAACUACCAACUAUUUGUUGGAUUCCCGUCUGAUCAUCAAGAACUACUGUCUUUGUCACGUAUUGCUCUUCAGGGCAUUGUAAAUUGUGUGAUGCAAGAGUCUUCUAAGGAGCGAGGAAAAUUGGCUCUCGAAAGUUGCAACUGUGUAGCUUCAUCCUUUAGGGUGCCUGACGAAACGUUAGAAGCAUGCUCCAAGUUGGUGGAAAUAGCCAAGUCCUGCUACAGUGCAGACGACAAGUUUCUACAAUCUACAUUCAAGUUUUUAAAUUCUUCCCAGUUUCACUUGUAGUGUAGUUCUGGUUUAAGAGUUCAGUGUAUGAUUUUCAUCGCUCGAAGUCUUUGUAUAUUUGUUGUAUGAUUUACUAUCAUUCAAAAUCCAGAGAAAAAAAUAAUGUGUUUGUUGCUGGUAAA